UCGGCCAUUCACCCCAGCUCUCCAUACCAGUCUAGCUAAAAGGAAGCAUACCUAUUCACCCUCUUCAAAAGUCCUCAAACCUUUUACAAUAGUUCCUCCGCCACUUGCUCGAACCUAUCAUUACCCUCCCGGACCUGGCUUCCACCCCGCACCUCCUUGUAGAUCUUAUCUCUGCCAUGCUUGUUUAUCGUUGGCGCCACGACAUGGGUCGUGAGCACCAGUCGAUGCCAAGACUUUGUAUUGUUGCGACCUGCCAUUUUCGCAUCGUCUACCGAUAGGUUCAACCGUCUGAUCAGUUUCUGGAUGGGGUAAAAUGUGAGCUUCGCUAGACUGUGUUGCAUCGAGGUUGUGUAGCUGUAGCUAUACGGAUGACAGCUGUAUUGGUAUAAAAAGGAAGGGUCUGUCCCAUUGUUGGGGGACCCUCAGGUUACAUUCUCGUCUUCUAGAGGCAUUGUUACUCGAUUGACAAUUUUCACCAUGAAGUUACUUAAUGCUUUGCUCUGCGGAGCUCUCCUAUUCUCUGAGGUGUCGGCUACCAAGAAGCUGACUCCCAGUCAAGUUGAGGGUGACAUUAAAAAGUCAAAGCUUCGCAAGACUCUUGAGGACCUCAACUCAAUCGCCAAGAAGAACGGCGGCAACCGAGCCUUUGGCUUCCCCGGCUACAAGGCUUCCGUCGACUACAUCUCCAAGCAGCUCAAGGGUCAAUACGGAAAGCAUCUCAACACUUACAUCCAGCCCUUCAACUACACCUUCGAGCAGACCAAGGAUAUUUGGGUCCGAGGACCUGAUGGUGAGGAUGUCUAUGUCAUCACUCUCAUCUACAACGUCGGCACACCUACCCCCGAUGGUGUGACUGCUCCUCUUGUUCUCGUGCCAAUUGACGAUGAGCGCGGAUCUGGAUGCUUUGCUGACCAAUGGGAGGGUGUUGAUGCCAAGGAUAAACUCGCCCUCGUGAAGCGCGGCUCAUGUGCGAUCUCAGAUAAGCUCAAGCUCGCAAAGAAGGCCGGUGCCCGUGGUGUUCUCCUCGUCAACAACCAACCUGGCGAGGGUAUCACCAGUGCGACUCUCAGUGCUGAGAACCUUGAGCUCAUCGUACCUGUUGGCGUGAUUCCUCUUGAAGUUGGAACUGCCUGGAGAACGCGCAUUGAGGGUGGCGAGAAGCUCGAGGUCACUUUGCUGGUGGACUCGUUCUACGAGACUCGUGAGACCUGGAACAUUAUCGCGGAGACUAAGCAGGGUGACCCUAACAAUGUUGUCAUGAUGGGUGCUCAUCUUGACAGUGUUCAAGCUGGUCCCGGUAUCAAUGAUGAUGGCAGUGGAACUGCCGGUAUUCUUGAGAUUGCCAAGUCCUUUACCAAGUACACUGGUUACAAGAACAAGGUCCGCUUUGCUUGGUGGGGUGCUGAAGAGAGCGGCCUUGCUGGGUCUUACUACUAUGGCGAACAGCUCACCGAGGAGGAAGCUGACAGAAUCCGAUUCUACUUCAACUACGACAUGAUCGGUUCUCCUAAGCCCAAGUACUGGGUCCAGGCUAGCAAGCCCGCCGACCGAGUUGGAGGAGAUAUCCUGGCUGCUUGGCUCCGUAAGAAGGGCAAGACCGUUGAGUGGGAGGAGUUUGGUGAAUCUUCUGACUACGCUGCCUUCGUCGAACUCGGCAUCCCCUCCUCCGGAAUCUUUACCGGCGCUGAUGCUGAGACCGAUCCAUGCUACCACUUGGAAUGCGACACCAUCAACAACAUCCACUGGGGAGCUCUGACUCUCAACACCAAGACUGCUGGCCGUGCUGCUGCCCAGUUCGCUCUUAGCCUGAAGGGCGUUCCUCCACGAGACAAGACCUCUGCUAACCCCAAGAGCAAGAGGGCUGUUGCUGCGCGCUUCGAGCAGUGGCAGAAGAAGAAGACUCUUGCUAGCAAUGCGCAUAAGUGUAACCAUAAGACAAAGGUUGUUGUCUAAGCAUGGCAAGAAUGCGUUGGCGGAUAGGAAUGAGACGAGAGAUGAUGAGAUUAUGAUGAUGAUGAAUUAGUGUAUAUAUUAUAUGAAUGUGUUUGACUAUGCGAUAUUCAUUAUGUUUUAUUAAAUGUCGUGGAUAAUAGAUGAAAAUGCUCGCUCGCUCGAUUG